AUGAGGCCCAUUCUUCUUGCCGGGCACGAGCGUGCGCUCACCCAGAUCAGUCACAAGGAAGUGGAGGGAGAAUAUCUCACUUUUUAUAAAGCUUGGGAACAACUUCGCCGGCAUCCUCGACUAACCUCGCUCUACAGAUUCAACAAAGAUGGCGACCUCAUCUUCUCCGUCGCAAAGGAUCAGCAAAUCUGCGCCUGGUUCUCCCACAACGGCGAGCGACUUGGAACCUACCACGGCCACGUCGGUGCCAUCUGGACAGUCGAUGUUAACCCCACCUCAACCAUGAUCGCCUCUGGUUCUGCCGACAACACCAUCCGUCUCUGGGAAGUCAAGACUGGUCGCCUCAUCAAGACCUGGGAGUUCCCCACCGCCGUCAAGCGAGUCGAGUUCAACGAAGAUGCCACCAAGUUGCUGGGAGUUACCGAGAAGCGAAUGGGUUACCUCUCUAACAUCGUCGUCAUCGACAUCAACCCCGAUCUCAACGCUGAGCAGACCGACGAGAAGGCUCUCACUAUUGUUUGCGACGAGAGCAAGGCCACCGUUGCUGGCUGGAGUGCUCUCAGCAAGUACAUCAUCGCCGGCCAUGAGGAUGGUAGCGUGAGCCGAUACGAUGCCAAGACCGGUGAUCUUCUCGACAACGUUCCCGUCCAUGAACUCAACCAGCCCAUUGUCGAUCUCCAGUGGUCUCCCGACCGUACCUACUUUAUCACCGCAUGCAAGGACAAGACUGCCAAGCUCAUCUCUGCCCGCGAUCUCGAAGUCCUCAAGACCUAUACAGCCGACACACCCCUUAAUAGUGCCACUAUCACCCCCAAAAAGGAAUUCGUCAUCCUCGGUGGUGGUCAGGCCGCUAUGGAUGUUACCCGAACUUCUGCCCGUCAGGGUAAGUUCGAGGCUCGUUUCUAUCACAAGAUCUUCGAGGACGAGAUUGGUCGUGUGCGAGGUCACUUCGGUCCUCUGAACACUGUCGCUGCCGAUCCCACAGGCAAGAGCUACGCCAGCGGCGGAGAGGACGGAUACGUGCGAGUUCACCACUUCGACAAGGGCUACUUCGACUUCAACUACGAGGUUGAGAGGGAACGAAUCAACCGAAUGCAGUAG